AUGGCUCCCCCACUCGAUAUCUGCGCUCAACUCAACUCAUCAUUGGGGGCCGGUAAUCCUUUCACACAACUGUCCUGGCUUGAUCUCGCAGAGACAGGCAGUACAACAGCAAGUUCAAUUUUUAUUGCAUUCAGAGCACGCUAUCGGUUCACUUCCUGGGCCGCUGUCCAUCAAAAUAAGCCCACUCAACUUGUUGACAUUUUUCAAUCCCCAUGCCUGCGAGAGGACAACAAGCGCAGUUUUCUUGAUUCCAACAUUUCUCAGGCGAUACAGCUCAUGUCCGACAUUUUCACCGGCGAAGUAGCAGCUAAAGUAUCGCAAAAAGCUUUCAUGGAUUCAAAGUGGAAUAAGGUUACUCCACCUUCGGUGCAGGUGCAAAAACGGAAGAAAAAAAGAAAAAAUAUCUUUCAGUGUGGUAGUCAUGCAUCACUCGAAUUUCCGCCUUCAAAACCCAGAGCUCCACAACCUCAAGAUUUUGGUCUAGCACCACACACACGCCCUCCACCAGCUCAAGAGUUUAUUGUGGUACCACGAACACGCUGUGACGCUUGGACCCGCAUUGGACGGGAACGAGUGUCUUUUGAUACUCAUAUCAAGCCGAUAGCCAACUGGCAUACACCCGCACUUGGAUCUGUCCUCCAUCCAUGUCCUUUCCGUGUCCACCUAUCUCCAUUGGCUCCUGGUGCCGAUACCACUCCAGCCUCAGAACCAAACAAUGUGGCUCAUACUGAACGUGUGACCACAAGUAUUGUUCAUGUUAUCCCUCUCACCGCAACAUCUGUGAUGCAGCCUGCUCCUGAUCUCUUUGUCACAAGACUUGCAGCCCUUGGGUAUGAUAUUAAUGGGCCACCGUCUUAUGCUAUUGCUACUGGUCAGGCUCAAUCGCAUGUUCAUGUUGUGACACACCGGGAGGUGAUUGACAACUAA